UUGAAAAUGUCCCUGGCAACGAGUUGCUUGAAAUAUUGCUGGAAAGAUUUGUCUGAAAGUUGGCUGGUUUUACAAGGGAAUCGGAAAGACUGCCAUCUUUGAACCCAGGACCUGUGGGCCAUCUGUAAUCCUGUUUAAGAGUUGGCGGUUGGUUCCCACACUGAAAAAAACAGUCCCCUAGCAUCCUGUCUACACCACACACCAACUGCAGAUGACUGUGAAGGGGUGUCUAUCUGUAGAGUGAGUGUUGGUUGGCAGGUGAUCACAGACACUGAGGGAGUCAUGGAGAAUGAACAUGUGCCCCCUACCUCAGGCUCCAGCAGCAGCAGCAGCAGCACCACCACCACCACUACCACUAGCAGCAGUGUUACCAGCAGCAGCUCCAGCAGCGGGAGGCAGCCAAUGCCUCAGAUAUCUGUAUACAGCGGGAUCCCAGACAGACAGACAGUCCAGGUGAUCCAGCAGGCCCUGCAUCGGCAGCCCAACACCGCGGCACAGUACCUGCAGCAGAUGUACGCCGCCCAGCAGCAGCAUCUCAUGCUGCAGACUGCUGCCCUCCAGCAGCAGCACCUGAGCAGCGCGCAGCUCCAGAGCCUGGCAGCCGUGCAGCAGGCCAGCCUUGCUGCUAGCAGACAGGGCUCCAACCAGAAUGGGAGUGCUUCCCAGCAAACCGGAUCAUCACAGACUACUCUUAACCUAGCCACCUCCCCGGCUGCAGCCCAGCUGAUCAGCCGCGCACAGAGUGUGAACUCUGCUGCCUCUGGGAUCGCACAGCAGGCUGUCCUCCUCGGAAACAGCUCCACCACUGGCCUCACCGCCAGUCAGGCACAAAUGUACCUGCGCGCACAGAUGGCACAGCAGAGUAACCUUGUGCAAGUAGCUAGGAGCCUAGGCCGUGCUGUCCCUUUGUCCCCUCAGCUCAUUUUCACUCCAACCGCUACAGUCACUGCCGUCCAGCAAGAGGUCUCCAAUCACUCUACUGGCCAACAAACAGCCUCUUCCCAGUCCUACAAUCCUUUCUUUCAGGUCCAGAACCUGGCUCUCCGCAGCCAGCAGGGCCCGGCUUCAGCCUCCCCUUCCCAGUCUCAGCUCCAGAGCCUGGGCCUCAAACCGACCCCCGGCAGCCAGGCUGCUCCACCCUCUGGCUCUGCUGCCUCCCAGCCCAAAGCUUUAGGGCAGGGGACCUUGACUCUGGUGGGGAAGGGAGCCUCAUGUGAAGUCUCAUCGGAGGGAGGGAAGAAAGGAGAGAACCCGGCCAGCCUGGAGACUCGUGUGGUGACCGUGAGCAGGAAUGUGACGCCCGUGUGCAGCCACCCCCUCAUCACUCCAGCUUACACACAGAUCCAGCCCCACCAGCUGAUUCAACAGCAGCACCUCCAGCAGCAGCACAAGCAGGUCCAGCAGCAGCAGUUUGUGAUCCAGCCGCAGCAGCAGCAGCCACAACUGAACGUCCCUCAGAGGUCCCAGCCUCACCUCCUCCACUCUGCCUCCAUCCAGCCACAGCCAGUCCAGACCCUCACUAUCCAGCCCACAGUGCAGCCCCAGACCCAGCAAUGUACCAUCCCAGUCCUGCCCAAACAGCACAUCACACCUAGUCCCCAGGCCACCAUCUUCCACUCCACGCUGGGCCCCCAGACCGUCACCCACAAUGGGCAGCCCUCAGCCCUGAACCAGGCCCAGCAGAGCGCCCAGCCUGUGCAGGUGGCAGCCGUCAAUCUGCAGAUCCAGCCUGCGCCCUCCACGCCCCCAAAACUGGUCCAUGACGGUGUGAGUAAAGAGAAGGUGACCCCCGUGACGGCCAGGGAGCCAAUCAGAACCAGCAGCGUCCAGCAGCCCUUCUCCACACCUUCACCUACCACAGCCACAACAGAGCCACACAAACCAGAUGCCAGCAAGCCAGCCGCGCAAGGUAAAGCUCAGGAGAGAGGAGUGCAUGUGAAGGCAGGGGGCGCCUCUGCUCCAGCCAUGACCUCGGGGAACGGGAACAGCACUUCCACAGUCACAGGGAGCGCGCCACAGAACGGGGAGAACAAGCCUCCCCAGGCCAUCGUCAAACCCCAGAUCCUCACACACGUCAUCGAGGGCUUCGUCAUCCAGGAGGGGGCUGAGCCUUUCCCUGUGGUUCGCCCCCCGCAGCUCAUCGAGAACCUGAAGAAACAGAAGCAGCAGCUCCAGUCGGACCAAGAGAAGACCCCUCACAGCAACCCUCCCAAUACCACAGACUCUGAAAUGGAGGAUCUUACACAACAAGAUUUAAAAGAUCAGGAGGAAGAGGAAGAGGAGGAUGCCCCAAAGCUGAAGUGUGAGCUCUGUGGCCGAGUUGACUUUGCUUACAAAUUCAAAAGGUCCAAAAGGUUUUGUUCUAUGGCCUGUGCAAAGAGGUACAACGUCGGCUGCACAAAACGAGUGGGCCUGUUCCAUCCGGACAGGAGUAAAAGCACACCAAAAUCAGACGGUCCCAAACACAGGCGCAGGAGGUCACGCAAGAGCAGUCUGCAGCAUCUGAACCAGGAGACGCAGAAGCAGCAGCCUGCCACACUGCAAUCCCUGGGCGGGCCAGUCUCCUCUCCGCUCCCUUCAAACCCCAGCCAGGAGUCCAGCCCGGGCUCGGAUAUCUCUAGCUAUGAGGAGCCCCCCUCUCCACUGUCUGCCGCCAGCUCUGGGGCUGCUCCUGGGAGACAGGGUCCCGCAGGGAGAGAGCUGCCCCUCCUCACACAGCACUUCCUUCCCAGUGACCCCACCAAGUGGAACGUGGAAGAAGUGUACGAGUUCAUCCGCUCCCUACCCGGCUGCCAGGAGAUCGCAGAUGAGUUUCGUUCCCAGGAGAUUGACGGGCAGGCCAUGCUGCUGUUAAAGGAGGACCACCUCAUGAGCGCCAUGAACAUCAAACUGGGGCCUGCCCUGAAGAUCUACGCCCGCAUCUGCCUGCUGAAGGAUUCCUAGCCCAUCUCCCCUCGGGGGCCCGCCCCUCAUGCAAACCAACCCCAGCACUGCGGCACCGCCGGCCGUCUCGACACGAGCAAACCACGGGGACACAUCAAUGCCACGGGUAUGCUGCUACACUGUAUGUGCGACACGGACAGCUUUUAUUUUGAUGGUAUUUCAGAGCCUUCAGCAUGCUUACAGAGCAAGCACCCCCAUCAAUGAUCAAAGCAAGGGCUAACUUGUGUCUAAUACACACGUGACAUUAAAGGACACAAACAUGUCCACUGAAGUUCAAGCCGGGGGGGGGGGGGGAGAGAGAGAGAGAGAGAACUGUUGAGAAAUGUUUUUGAUUAUUUGUGAUUUCUACCCAUUAGAAAUGGUUGUUGUGGUGUUUUGAUUCUGACUUCCAGAAUGCUAAUGGUUUAUACAGUAUGAUGGUGAUUUUUUUUUUUUUAACUUUUAUUUUGUUGUUGUUAUUUAACAAACAGUUCCUACAGGUGAGGGAUAGUUAUACGCAGGUAAUAUGUGCUCAUUGGCAGUGUCCUGUAUAAAAGGAUUUUCACUUGAGAGGUUGGAGUAGUUGUGUGUGGUUGACCCUGCCCUUCUUAUCCUCCCCUUGCCCAGAUCCCUUGUCUACACUCAGGGUUUCCAGUGACAUUUCUUACAGUAAGAAUUCAACUGUGUAAAGCCACCCCCUCUUUUGGGUUAAUUUCUUUGAAAUUCACAGUAGUGUGCUGUUUUAUGUCCACUUGGGUUUCAGCUGUAAGAAAUGUCUCCAGCAUGGUGCUGGCUUGUGUUAACUAUUUUCAGACAACCCUCCUUAAGAGAUCAGCUCUACCACGUGGACACUAAAAACGAGAAGCAAGUAGACUCUAGUUUAGGUAGGACCAGCCCGCCUGCUUUGUUUUUUGUUUUCUCCCACAGUGCUGCAGAAUUGUUCGUAUGUAUUAUUAUUUUUCCAUUAGUAGUGCGAUCUCCCUUUUUAAAAAUGUAAUAAAGUACUGCUGCUUUCCAAAGAUGACUCGGAAAACAUUCCACCCUUUUUCAUCUAAAUAAAGUUCAGUAAGUUUUAGGUCUGUAUUUUGUAAUUAUGGGGGCAUUCCAACUCAGGAGCACAAACAUGGCUUGUGCCUCCUGAAGACAACGACUUUGACAUCAUCGUCCUGGACUCGCUCGGUUUACUUCCUUGCCAACUCUCGCCCAAAAAACCUUUUUAAUUGAAGGAGCCCAUCAUAUCGUCACCCCUGGUAAGCUAAAACAACAUACCAAAGGUUUGCCCCUGGUCUGUUGCUCCUUACCUUAAAUAAUACAAUGUUAUGAAUUACUGGUAACAUUUAUGGUGUUCACUGCUUUAUAAUAGAUAAAUGUUUACAUUAAAUAAAGAUUUUUGUUGUGCUUUUGCACGUGGCUUCAACAACAGAAACCCAACCCAUGUUUUUAGUUUAGAUUUCAUACAAUUUAAAAUAGUGCAAAAUUGAUUAUACAUUUAAACCUGCAAAAUAAACAAACUUGAAUGUUUAAGUAAUAAUACAAAUUAACCUAAACACCACCAGUAUAUGUAUUAAACCCAAUUAUAAUCAGCAAUAAUUAAUUUCCUGAAAGCUUACCUAUUUUAAAUAGGCAUGGAACUACAACUCGUACCUUUUUGAAGAGUAAUUGGCAGUAAACAAAUCUCACUUUCCAAACAAUAUAAAGCAGAAAUAAAAGCACUGUUCAUCUGAGCAUUUUAAGCUGGGACCUUCUGUGAAUGAGGCUGGGUCUCGUUUCACAAACCCCUUCGCGGGAGCAGUCUGCUAAACACAUUAAUGCUACAGAAAUGCUCAUCUUUUAAAUAUUUAGACUGGUUGAUUUCUGUAACAAAGCAGUUGUGUCUUUACACUUUGUACCAGGAAACAGGUUGAAAGAAGACAGGCAAGAUACUGUUUUUUUUGCUAAGCAGGCUGCAAAGUGCUUUGUGAAACUGGCCCCUGGUUACCAUUGAGUGCUGGUGUCAUCCCCAGAAGGGUGGAUUGUGGGAUGUGAUUCUGGAGCAGGCAGGCAAGCAGGGGUUAUAUGGUGCUGUUUUACAUUAGUAAAUUGUUUAAAAGUUUGUAGUUAGCAAUAUGCAGGGCGGGGAUAAUUUGUUGCUUCUUCAAAAUAAUUGCUUGUUUAAAAGUUUGUAUUUAUAAAAAUGACUUUUUAAUAUAAAAAAUAACAUGUUUUUA